AUGAAGGAGUGCUUGUUGCCUGACAGGCAAAACGGUGUUGAUGAUGUGUUUAUUGGUGAAGGUGAUACACAUACUGCUGAGAACGAUUUCAUUGGAAAAUAUGCAGUACCAUAUGGUCAUACAUACUUCUCUCAUUCAUGGAAGAACUACAUCAAUCAUGUGGGCAAGAAGUUUACAGGUGGGGUUAUUGAGUUUAUAGAAAAAUUGUGCAAGUAUGCCAUUGAGAAAGGUUAA